AUGGCGUUGAAGAGCCCCCGACAAGGAAAUUCCACCGAGUGCCACUACUGGGGCUACUCUUUUCACUGGACUGACCUUCAUCGGUCGGCAGAGGAGUUGCAUCCUAUGAUUCAAACAUAUGACAGUCUGGCAGAUGAAUGUGUGCAGAUCUUGAACAAGAUUCCCACUGGUGAAGACUCGGAUAAACCGUUCAAGAAAGACUUAUAUGGUUUGUUGAAGAAGCAUGCCGACGAGGAUCCUAAGCUUAAGGAGCUAUGGGAUGAGGUCAGUACGGUUCCUGAAUGGGUGGAUUGGGAGCAGAUUCAAAGAGGACAGGAUGUGUUCUUCCGAUAUGGUGUCCCCAUCCUGAACGUGCUUGGGUUUGAGAGUUUACUUGGUGGAAUGGGCGCCAUGCGAGUCGUAGAAACCCUUGCCCGAACAGGUGGUUUCGGCGCCAAAGUAGUCCGCCGACGACUCCUAGAAACACUCCAACACAUCCUCCAAGUCAACAGCUCGGCAGAGGGCAUGAAACCCGGUGGUGAAGGGAACGUCUCCUCUGUCCGCGUACGACUCCUACACGCCUCCGUUCGCCUGAGAAUCCUCAGUCUGGUAGAACAAAAGCCAGAGUACUACGACGUUACGAAGUACGGUACACCGGUCAAUGAUCUAGAUUGUAUCGGCACGAUCAACACUUUCUGCAGUUCAGUGGUCUGGCUCGGCCUACCUCGUCAGGGAAUCUACCUCAACCAGCAGGAAAUCGAAGAUUACAUCGCACUCUGGCGUCUUGUCGCUUACUAUAUGGGAACGCCGACGGAGCCAUUCGAAACCACAGCCAAAGCCCGUGCGAUGAUGGAGUCACUCUUGAUUUCGGAAAUCGAUCCCACGGAGAUUGGCAAGAUUCUGGCCAAAAAUAUCAUCAUCGGGUUGGAGAACACCGCGCCGUCUUAUGCCUCAAAGGAGUUCCUCGAGGCGAUGAGUCGGCUUCUCAAUGGUGAUCAGCUUGCCGAUGAACUUGAUAUCCCACGAUCCAGUCUGUACUACCGGGUCAUCUUGUGGGGGUACUGUUUCUGGGUGAGACUUGUAUCAACAAUCAUCCCUAGAAUCUACUUUAUGGAUCGGUUCAUGAUCAACAUGCGCCGCAAAUACUUCUACAAGAUGCUUAUGGACGAAAAACUUGGCCUCGGAGGCGAAAGCCGCUACGAGUUCAAAUACUUGCCCACACUUACACGCACAACACGCUUGGGUCAACGACGCACGACCAAAUUCGAAAGUCCCGGUCUCGAGAGUCUGGGACACCUAGGGCUUAUGACAGCCUUCGGCGCGGUGGUUACUCUCGGUGUCGCUUUGGCCUUUGCCGCAAAGCUGAUCCCAUCGGACCAGCUUCUACACGUCAUGCGUGUUUAA